UUUUUUAAAUUUUUUUACGUAAUAUAAGGCUUUAAAAUAUAAAAUUUAGAGUUUUAAAAUGUUUUAUUUUAAUUAUUAAUAGUUUUAUUUAAGUUGUUUUGUAAAAUUUUAAAUAUAUAUGACAAAUAUUCAACUAAAAUUGAUGGAAUUGAGUAUAUCUUCUUUUCAAAUCUUAAAUACUCGAACCCGAUCUGGAUCUGAUAUAGACCCAAAAAAUUACGGAUCUUUUAUGGAUAUUUUAAUUAUAGACCAAACCGACCCGGACCGAAAAUUUUUAAGUAUCUAUUGGGUCUAAAUAUUUAGGACCCAAAAAGAUCCGGAUCCAAAAGGAACCGGUCCGAAUCUGAUCCGAAUACCCGAACACCCAGGCUAUAAUAUCAUCUCUUUACCUUUUUAAUUAUCAUCAUCCUUCUUUCAAAAUCUUUACUUCAUUACGUUUUAUAUGCACAUCAUUUCAGUUCACAUAUAAAUAAAAACUAUAACGUAUAUCAAUUUAAUUUUCUUUGUUCGAACACUAUCAAUUUAUCUUUCAAAAAUUCCAAAGUAGUUGUGCCACGAAUCCAAAUAUCCUAAUUUUUUAAAAAAAAAAAUUGGAUUUAUUUCUCUAUUUAGCAGGAUCAUCUUAUUUUAUUACUUAACAGAUUCAAUUUCUUUCUUUUUCUACCUUGUUUUCUCUACUUACUUGAUACUAAUUGCUUUAUAUUCUUUGUUACUCAUAGAUUCUGCAUCAAUUUUUACUCAAUACCUUAAUGUGAAAACACUUAUUUUCUUAGUUUCAUAAAAACGAAAUACAAAAUCUCCAUAUUUUUAUAAUUUACUGAAAUCAAUUAAAAUAAUAAAAACUCCAAUUAAACUUCUUAUUUCUGGAUUUAAUUAUACACUUGUUAAGUAUUCAAAAUUGAGAAAUAAAAUAUCUCGACAUAAAGUACUUAAACAUUUCUCAUGCUAUAACCAAUCUCUCACUCAUUUCAUUUUCAAAAAUCUACACAAAAAAAAUAUAUAACACAAAGAAAUAGAAGAAGGAAAAAAUGUCCCCCUCUUUUCUUUUCUUUAUUUUGUUUUUGAUAAAGGAAAUGUCCUCUUCAUCAUCAGCAAACUCCUUUGAGGAUGGCAAAUUCAAAACAGAUCUCUUAACAGUAGGCUUAUCAUCUUGCUGCUGGAAAACGCCCUCUUCUUCUCCGACUCCGCAGUCUCCGCCGAAGAGGCUUUUGGUGGCAACGCCGGUGGAGGAAGGAGAAUAUCCGGUGGUGAUGCUCCUCCAUGGUUACCUUCUGUACAACUCAUUUUAUUCCCAGCUUAUGUUGCAUGUCUCUUCCCAUGGCUUCAUUGUCAUCGCUCCGCAGUUAUAUAGCAUUGCCGGACCAGACACGAUGGACGAGAUUAAAUCAACUGUGGAGAUUAUUGAUUGGUUAUCAGCCGGACUAAACCACUUUCUUCCACCACAAGUAACACCAAACCUAUCUAAACUCGCACUCUCCGGCCAUAGCCGUGGCGGUAAAACCGCAUUUGCCGUGGCCUUAAAGAAAUUUGGAUACUCGUCCGACCUAAAGAUCUCGGCAUUGAUCGGUAUAGAUCCGGUCGAUGGGAUGGGGAAAGGGAAACAAACCCCUCCUCCAGUUUUAACCUACGAACCAAACUCAUUUGACCUGGACAAAAUGCCUGUUCUAGUGAUCGGUUCGGGACUUGGUGAAAUUAGCCCGAACCUGUUAUUUCCUCCGUGCGCGCCUCCCGGAGUGAACCACCGAGAUUUCUUCCAGGAAUGUCAAGGUCCAGCGUGGCAUUUUGUCGCAAAGGAUUACGGGCAUUUGGACAUGCUUGAUGAUGAUACUGAAGGGAUUAGAGGCAAGAUUUCUCACUAUUUGUGUAAGAAUGGUGAAGAGAGAAGACCAAUGAGGAGAUUUGUUGGUGGAAGUAUUGUGGCGUUUUUGAUGGCUUAUUUGGAAGGAGAUGAUAGUGAAUUGGUUAAAAUCAAAGAUAAGUCUCACGAGGGUGUUCCUGUCGAAAUUCAGGAGUUUGAGGUUAAAAACUAGUUUUCUUUAGUGCUUGUACUUUCCUAUAUAUUCUAUGUAGUCGCUUUUGUUGCUUAUGAUGUUAUUUUGUGUGCUCUUGGCUCAUGAAAUUAACCCAUCACAUUCAAAAGACUUAAGAGGGUUGAUUGGAUUAGGAAUUUAAAAGAUUAUGAAAGUUCUUAGAUUUGCUUGAA